CGGCAACAGCGACGCAAGAAAGACAGCUUCAUCUUUACUCAUGAUUUGACAUGGGAACAAAGCCAAUCCCUUCCCACCAGCCACACACACACUCGCUCAUCAUUCAUUCACCUUCCGGCCUCCUCCUCCUCCUUUCUUCCUCCGUCCGUCCACCCCCAAGUUUCGUCCUCCACCACUACUUCUCUUCUUUUCAGCAGAGUUCAUCCCAUCUCCUUCCUAGUUAGGGUUUCUUGGCCUUGUCGUCUGUUCUUGAUUUGUCGAUUCUCUGCGCAAAUUAUGGAGAGGUUCCCUAAUCUUGGGGGAGGAGGAGGGAGCGGCAGUAGCAGCAGCAGUGCGUCCAUGGCCUCCUUCUUGCAGCUCCCGCCGCCCUCCGCGUCGUCGCCCUCGCCGGAGCUGGCCGGCGAGCAGCACGGCUCGCGGCUCGCGUUGCAGCAGCUCCUGGCCGUCCCGCCGCCGUCGGCGCAGCAGCAGCAGCGCAGGGAGAUCUCGCCGGCGGACGCCGCGACCAUCAAGGCCAAGAUCAUGGCGCACCCGCUCUACUCGCCGCUCCUCGCCUCCUACCUGGACUGCCAGAAGGUCGGCGCCCCGCCGGAGGUGCUGGAGAGGCUCUCGGCCGUGGCGGCGAAGCUGGACGCCGGGCAUGGCCGGGGGAAGCACGAGUCCCCGCGCCCCGACCCGGAGCUCGACCAGUUCAUGGAGGCCUACUGCAACAUGCUGGCGAAGUACAGGGAGGAGCUGGCGCGGCCGAUCCAGGAGGCCACGGAGUUCUUCAAGAGCGUCGAGACGCAGCUCGAUUCCAUCACAUUCACAGACAAUAAUUGCGAAGGCGCGGGAUCGUCCGAGGAUGAGCUGGACACGAGCUGCGUGGAGGAGAUCGACCCCAGCGCCGAGGACAAGGAGCUGAAGCACCAGCUGCUGAGGAAAUACGGCGGGUACGUCGGGAGCCUCCGCCAGGAGUUCUGCAAGCGCCGGAAGAAGGGGAAGCUCCCCAAGGAGGCCCGCCAGAAGCUGCUGCACUGGUGGGAGCUGCACUCCAAGUGGCCCUACCCCUCUGAGACGGAGAAGAUCGCGCUGGCGGAGUCGACGGGGCUGGACCAGAAGCAGAUCAACAACUGGUUCAUCAACCAGAGGAAGCGGCACUGGAAGCCGGCGCCGGAGGACAUGCCCUUCUCCGUGAUGGACGGCGGCGUGGGCGUCAGCUUCCUCCCAGCCUCGCAGGGCCCGGCGCUGUACAUGGACAGGGCGCCCUUCAUGGUGGACGGCAUGUACCGCCUCGGGUCGUGAGGCCUCUCUCCCCAUCGGACGGGGACUGCCGGCCGGUGCCGUCGGCGUGGUACGUAAGCUCCAUGCAUGGCAACGGCAUGCGGCCGGUACGUAACGUACUUAGUCUGACGACAACCGCUCAAUAUUAUGGUCCUUCGGUAAAUACUCCAUAUAUAUCUGCCGUUCACGCUGAACAUGUCUGCCAAGUAGGAAAUAUAUAUAUUUGAUUUUUCCAUCA